CGCAGGCAUGGCCGCGGGGGCGGCGGCGCGGAAGACAGCGCCGGUGCUGGAGGCGCCCCUGCAGCAGGAGCAGCUCUCUCAUACAAAGCUUUCUGCAGAAGACGCAUGGAAGUUGAGGGCUUUUUCAGAUGACCUCAUUUUGCUGGUUCCAGCCUGCAGCAGGAGAGGAUGUACAAGAUGCACCGGGGCCACGAUUCCAUGCACGUGGAAAUGAUCUUGAUCUUCCUCUGCGUUCUGGUCAUUGCCCAGAUAGUGCUGGUUCAGUGGAGACAGAGGCAUGGCCGAUCCUACAAUCUGGUGACCUUGUUGCAGAUGUGGGUUGUCCCCUUAUAUUUCACGAUAAAAUUAUACUGGUGGCGGUUUCUGUCUAUGUGGGGGAUGUUCUCCGUUAUUACCAGUUACAUCCUCUUCAGAGCUACCCGAAAACCUCUCUCAGGAAAGACACCACGAUUGGUCUACAAAUGGUUUCUUUUGAUCUACAAACUCAGCUAUGCAUUUGGUGUUGUGGGUUACUUGGUGAUCAUGUUUACAAUGUGUGGAUUCAAUCUGUUUUUCAAAAUCAAAGCUAGAGAUUCCAUGGAUUUUGGCAUUGUGUCUUUGUUCUACGGCCUCUACUAUGGAGUAAUGGGGAGAGACUUUGCCGAGAUCUGCUCAGACUACAUGGCUUCCACUAUAGGGUUCUACAGUGUCAGCGGGUUGCCUACAAGGAGCUUAUCGGACAAUAUCUGUGCAGUCUGUGGGCAGAAGAUCAUUGUGGAGCUUGAUGAAGAAGGGCUCAUUGAAAAUACCUACCAGCUUUCCUGUAAUCAUGUGUAUCCUUUUCAAAGGAAAUCGCUUGGCCUUCAUCAAGCCUCCUUCUUUCCUCCUUCUCCUCCUCCUGUCCUCAUCUCCUCCAUCUUGCUUACCUUCCAUGCCCAAACCCCAGUCCUUUAUCCUCCAGCCCAGUCGAGUCUUCCUGUUUGUCCCUGCUGAAUAAUGAACUAAUUAAGGUGAACCUCCUCCUCCAGUAAUUUCCUUUCUAAAGAGGACUCUUCAUGCCACAUAGACAGGAAGGCAGUAUCUGAGCAGGGUGCUGGCAGAGGAAAUUGGUGGAAGUCAUAAGCGAGCAGAUAGCCAAGAAAGAUCAGGGAAAGAAGGGGUUUGGAGGUGAGAAAAAGAGUGAAGUAUCAGGUGCAGGGGGGAACUUAAGACUAUCCAAGUGGAGCCCAAGGUCUGAAUCUUAGCAGAUCAAGAAAUACAAAGAGUGCUUUGCCUAGAAAUAAUCCUAGGAACCUACCUGUGGCAACAGUAGUCUUGGGGGCAGCCAAGGGAGGAAACCAAGCCUUCUUCUCAGCUUCAGUCUUUAGAAGAAGAUACAGCCACAGGCAGCAAGACACCUUGGAUUACAAAAGCAGGGACCAAAAUUUGGACAU